AUGAAUAUUAAAACUCUACAAUCUAUGGCACCUAUUGACGGCGGGGACAACCACCCGCCAUGCCAAAACGACUAUGCAUGCAUAUUGGCAUCUAUGAUGACAAAACCCGAAUCACCAGAUGCCUCUGGAGACCUGAUUGACAGACAAUUGUCGGUGGAAAACACCCCAAAACUAUUGGCUAAAAUGGUUCAUCAUCCACAACACCCAUCACGACAAGACCACCACCAACAAUCCCCAAUGACAAAGUCUGUCACCACCGCCACCACCACCAUCAUUCCAUCUCCAACAUCUGUUUUCCAACCUACGACCUCCACCUCCUCCUCCACCUCGACUUUGACCUCUAACUCUUCCAAUCACUCAUCAUUCAACAACCUCACCGUCCUAGUCAACGAAUCCUCCCCAUCAACCAAAAUCACCACCACUAGUUCAUCCUCUCCCGUAACGACCAGUGCCGCCCCGAAUACCUGUACCUCUGCCGACUCGACAAGCGACUCUUAUAGUUCGCCGACCAUCUGUGAGAACCAACCGACCGUUCCAUCCAUGGAUUCGUUCAAAUGUGACCGUCCUCAAUGCAUGUUAUGCCUUCGGGGAUGCCCGACACUGGUCAUCAGAAACCCAACUUGGUCUACCAUCAUGAGAGUCGUGUUUUAUACACUCUCUAGAAGUUAUCCCCAUCAGCCCUAUUUUAAUCUACGAGCUGAUGUCUAUAAUUGGAUGGAUGAACAUUGGAACUAUCUCUGUAAGCCUUCCCACAAAGACCGUGACAACAACUGGAGAAAGCAAGUUCAGGAUAUGCUCAGCCACAGCAAAAAUCUAUUCGAGUCUGGAACAGAACAUUUCCGACAAAAUGGAUUUUGGAGACUGAAACCAUCGAUUGACAUUGACCCCUGGACCAUCAAAAAGCCUCCCCGCGACAAAUCCAAGAUCCCACUAAAGAAGAGAUCACUCUCUGAGAAUGAUCUUGGAAAUCACCUCAAAAGAAAAUCAAAAUCAGAAUCUGACGAUGAAUCUGAACCUGAUUUACCCAUUGACGAGCUCAAUAUUAGGGAUUUCUUGGUUAAAAAUGAUGAGGAUGUAAAGAGAGAGCUGGAUAUGGUGACCGAGGAGAUUAGAAAGGCCAAGAACAAGAUGAAGGCUCUGUGGCAACAUAUGGGUGGAACGUCAUCACCAAUCUUUGAGGAAAAUGAAAUGGUUGAAGAGGAUGAGGAUGAAGGUUACUCUUCACCACCUUCACAUCCCAAGAAAAGAAUGUUGAUGGUGUCACCUCCAACAUUCUCCUCUUUGCGCAACAGUGACCAAGUCGCCCCUCAAAUGAUGUCACCCAAAUCAUUCCACGCACCUCCACCACCACCACCUCCAUCCCCAUCGUCCUACUCUAUCCAAAACAUUAUGAACCCCUGUCCACCAUCACCCACCUCACCACCUCCAUCACCAUCGCAUUAUGUAUCUCCAUCGUCCAAUCAAAACCAAAGACUCAGACUCACCAAAUCCCUCCCUUCCCUUGCCACAUGUAUCCCUCAUUCCCCGUCCAUGACCAUCACCAAUUCCCUUGUACAAAUACUCCCAUCUCCAUCACCAUCUCCAUCUCACUCAUCAUCAUCAUCAUAUCCAAACGCUCCACCAGUACCAAUAUUCCUUCAUCAAAAACAACAACCACCACCACAAUAUCAACAACAACAAGCCAAUGGUUUCAUUUUAAACCAACAUCCCCAUCAUCCUCAACACCUCCAUCAAAUGCAACUUCAACAACUACACAUUCAACAACAACAACAACAACAACAACAACAGUACCAUCAAUACGCUCACCAACUCCAACUAAACGGCCAAAACUAUUGUGCAUCUGUCCCAAUUAAUGCCCCACAACAACAACAACAACAAUCCAACAACAACAGCAGUUGUAAUCCAACUCCAACCAGUACUCCACUUUUAGUCCCAAAUAAAUUGGAACCAAAAUCUCAGUCAUCAAUUACAUAUAUAAUUGAUAUUAACAAUUAA